GUUGCUUCCAAUGUGAAUACCAUUAUUGAUCUUGCUAUUAUAGACAACGUUUGUUUCAUCAAUUCACUCUUUCCCUCAAUAUCAAUCUAAAUAUUACUAUUUUAGUUGACAUACAUAAUGUAAACAUAUAUGUUCAUAUUACAGGACCCAACUGAUCAAACUGGUAUUGAUAACUAUAUGGUUCAAAAACAUGAUGGAACUAAGAACGAGGAGGGCUGAUGCAAGCAAAAGUUAAAAUAAUUGUUGAAUGUGGUGACAAAGUUCAAAUUGUUGGAGAUGAUCUUUUGGUCACUAAUCCAACGUGGCGAAACAAACUCACAAGAGAAGACAACCAGUCCCCUCCAUGGAUGCAGUAUACUACAUCCAACCAACAAAAGAAAAUCUUCACGUCUUAUUGGCUGACAUGGUUGGAAAAGCGCAUUUAUAUAAAGAAACUUUAUGGGUAUGAAGAAUUUUCCCGACAAGGAGAUGAAUAUUUAACUGCCAUGGCCAAUCGUAUUGCAACUGUAUUUGCUUCAAUGUUGGAGUUCCCAUUUGUGCGUUACAGAGCUGCCAUGUCACUUGACACCAAAACAAUGACAACAUUUUGUGAUCUAAUCCCUACAAAACUUGUUGCUACUGUUUAGUAUAAUCUUAUGAAAUAUAGAACUCUCAACCACCUCCCACAAAUUGAAACAUGUGAUUUGCUUAUUUCUAUGUAAUAUGUAAUAUGUUUUCAUUAAUAUAAUACUACGUUCU